AUGUCCGAUUUCUCAUUUAUUAGUGAAUGUUUCUUACCUACUGUUAAGAAAGUGAAAUUAGACCUUUUUAACUCAUUUGAAGAUGAAACAAUGUCAGAUAUCAUAAAAAAAUAGGAGAAAUCAUUUAUACCUUUUCUUAGUUUAAGAUAAAAAUAUGGAGAACAUUAAAAAGGUGGAUUUUAUCCACUUCCAAAGAAAUAUGCAUCACUUUUAGAUUUAUGCAAGAGAAUAGAAAUGAAUUACUUAAGAAAUUAAUGUUAAAUAUAAUUUACUGUGCAUAACAAUUUCUCAGAUAUCAUAUAAGUUCUUUAACUUUUAACUUUGGAACCUAGUUUAUAUAAAAUAAAAGGAAUUUAAGAUGGAAUUGUUAUUUAGCAUCCAUUUUAAAAUAAUCAUAACAAUAAUGAUAAAUCUAUUGUAAAAAAUUCUCUAGAUAAUACUUAAACUUCAGAAUUAAUAGAGAAAAGAUUAAAAAAUUUAAGAGACAAACUAGAUUAAUAAGUCUAAAUGAAACAUAAAGAACAUUUAUCAUUGAUUAAAUGUGAAGAUUUUGAACAUUUUGGAUCUUAAUUCAAACUAUAUCACAAUGAUUUUGAUUUGAAUGAUUCUCCUGAUAUAAAACCUAUUAAAUUAAAGAAGCCAAUCUUUUCAUAGGAAUUAGUAUAGUUUCAUAUUGAUAUGUUAAAAUUUAUGGUUGAUCAUUAUGAUAAAAGAGGAGUUAGUUUCAUGUUUUAUGAAAAUAUAGUAACAAUACUUAGUGUUCAUUUUAAUAAAGUGAAAAGUGAAAUAGAAAAAACACUCAAAAACCUAAUGAAUUUGUUCUCAGACAAAAUAUAAAUUAUUAAAAAUCACAUAAAUAAACAAAGGUGGAUAGUUUAACUAGAUAGAUCAUCAUUGCCCUAUUUAAAUAAGUCUUUUAUAUUGAAUUAAUUUUUUUGUUAUUGA